UGAAGAUUGUUCUCAUUCAACACAAUCAUUUCAACAUGACGACAUCUGCAGAGUUUAUCUUCUACCUGACAUGUUUGUCUUUGGGGAAAAUGGUUCAGACGACCGACCUGGAUUCCUCAUCUGUUCAUCAAGGGAAUCGUUUUCUAUCAGUUCAAACUGGGGGAAACUUGACGUUGAAAUGUUUUCAUGAAGCCGGUACAGCAGCCAAGCUUUACUGGAUUAAAGACACCGUCGGACAGAAACCGAGGCUCAUCUCGUCCUCCUACAGGUACACAAGACCUACAUUUUAUGCUGAAUUCAAGAAUCCACGUUUCACAGUGGAUACUGUAAAUUAUCGGAAUCACUUGACGAUAAAAGAUCUGCAAAUUAAUGACUCCGCUACUUACAAUUGUAUCAGUGGUAAUACAUACAUAUUGGAUUUUUUUGCUACAACUACUGUCAGUGUACAGGGUUCUAGUUCAAACAUCCCAACUUUAAUUCAUCAGUCACCAUCAGAGACCAUCCAGCCAGGAGGCUCUGUGACUCUGAACUGUACAGUACAAACUGGGACCUGUGAUGGACAACACAGUGUUUACUGGUUCAAAGACUCUGAAGAAUCUCAUCCAGCACUCAUUUACACUGAUGGAGGCAGCACUGAUCAGUGUGAGAGGAAAGCCAACACACAAACACACACCUGUGACUACAACCUGCCGAUGGAGAGCCUGAAUCUGUCUCAUGCUGGAACCUACUACUGUGCUGUUGCCUCGUGUGGACACAUUCUGUUUGGAAACGGGACCAAACUGAACUUUAAAGAUGAGAAGGACUCUCGUAUCUUGGUGUAUUUCUUGAGUGGAGCUCUAACUUUUACCAUCAUCCUUAAUGUCUUUCUGGUUUUCUUACUCUGCAUGAUGAACAAGAGAAACCACUGUGAAGUUACAGAGUCUCAUGCAAGAUGUUCAGCUCCCUUCACACCAAAUGCAGAGGGUGAACAAAAUGAAGCAAACAUCCAAUAUGCGGCGGUAAGAGAACUAAAGAUCAGCAGAUCUAGAAGACAAAGGAACAACCUUGAGACUGAAUGCACAUACUCAACUAUAAAGCAGUAAGAGUGUACAUGCUUCAAAGGGGUACCAAGCAGACCUAUGAGACGCUGAGGUCAUUUUGUGAUUAUGUGUUGAAGCAGCAUGGGACUGGAACUGUAUUACUGAUAUCUCUAUAAAUCCAGGCUGUUUUAUGAAGGAAAGUAGAAAAAGCUGGAAGGAAGGGAUGACGUAGAGAACAGUUGUAGGACUAAAAUCUGAUAUAAGAGCCUUGAAUAAAACAUGUGUUGAAAAACCACACACAUUCCAGAUCAGCUGAUAUUUUUGAGUGUCAAAUAUGUAAUUAUUGUGAUGUAAAAAUCCUUUUGCACACAAUUUUAUAUGUGAAUAUGAAAUACUACCAAUUAUUUUAAGUGUAAUGUAAUGACUCCAUUGUAUAUUUGUCAGUGGUAAUAAAUGCAGACGAUGAAUAGUCAA